AUGGCUCCUCGCAUAGAAUUCAGUAUCGAGCAGAUUCGAAACAAGGCUCGAAAAGACCUUCUAUACCUGCUCGAAGGUGUUCGCGGGAAGAAGAAUGUCAUUCUCGACCAAAGCCUUGUUGGUCCUAUAGGAACUAUAGUCAAGGUCGCUGUCCUUCAAGAGUAUGGAGUAGACAAGUUCUUCAUUCUGGAGAAUGACAACGCAGAUACCAGCCAGCGCAAUGUUGUCUUUGUUUCUCGAGGCGAAUGCGGUCGCCAUGCUGAGUCAAUAGCAGCCCAGAUCAAGCGCAUCCAGCGCGAGAGUCAGACAGGGCACGACUUUCACAUCUUUUGGGUCCCACGCCGAACCCUCGUCUCUGACAAGCUCCUGGAAGAGGCCGGCGUGCUGGGCGACGUCAAUAUUGCCGAGCUACCAUUGUCCUUCUUCCCUCUAGAAAAGGACGUCCUAUCUCUAGAGCUUGACGACUCAUUUCGAGACCUAUACCUCUCAAAAGAUGUCACACCUAACUUCUUGAUGGCCAAGGCCCUCAUGGAAAUACAACAAAACCACGGUCUUUUCCCGCGAGUGAUUGGCAAAGGCGAUAAUGCAAAGCGGGUUGCAGACUUGCUCUCGCGCAUGCGCCAGGAGCUUCUUGCAGGUGAAGAUACGGCAGAAGCGAAUAAGAUCGGGCUGACGCCUAGUACAACAAACGAGAGUGUUAUUAUCAUCGAUCGCGAGGUCGAUUUCGUCACGCCCUUACUUACUCAACUUACAUAUGAGGGACUCAUCGAUGAAGUCUUCGAAAUCCAUAACAACCAAACCAAAGUCGACACAACCGUUGUUGGCGCACCAGCACAGGCCUCGACCGCAACCUCACAAAGUCGCAAGCGAACAAUCCAGCUAGACUCAAGCGACAAGCUUUACGAACAGCUAAGAGAUGCCAACUUUGCGAUUGUCGGCAGCCUGCUCAACAAAGUUGCUAGGCGGCUACAAAAGGUGCAAAGCGAUUACGAGACAAAACAAAAGAGCAAGACUAUUGCGGAACUCAAGGACUUUGUCAGUCAACUGCCAGGAUAUCAGCAAGAACAGCAAAGCGUAAAAAUACAUACAGGUCUCGCUGAAGAGAUUAUUAAGCACACCCGAACAGACCAAUUCAAGGGACUUUUGGAAGUGCAGCAGAACCUUGCAGCUGGAGCCGACCCGUCAGGCCAGUUUGAUGGCAUUGAAGAGCUGAUAGCACGAGACGCUCCUAUAGCACAAACCCUGAGGUUAAUGUGCAUCUACUCGUGCAUAUCUGGGGGCAUCAGACCCAAAGAAUUCGACCAGUUCCGACGGCUCAUUCUGCAAGGUUACGGCUACCAGCAUCUUCUUACACUCAACAACCUCGAGAAACUGCAGCUCUUUUUAUCAAAAUCAUCGCCACUGGCUGGGAUGAUACCUAUUCCAGGUAACACCGCCAGCAUAACAGGGAACAAGACGAACUACACGUAUCUGCGCAAGCAGCUUCGUCUCAUCGUUGACGAAGUUCAAGAAGAUGAUCCUAAUGAUGUGUCCUACGUCUACAGUGGCUACGCGCCCCUUUCUAUCCGCCUUGUCCAAUGUAUUCUGCAGAAGCAAUAUCUAUUAUCGGUCACGAAAGGAAACAGCGCGAGCGCUGCGGGAGCACCUGCAGGGGUAGGCACGCAAGGUUGGCAAGGUUUCGACGAGGCCGUGAAGCACGUCCGUGGCCAGACUUUCUAUGAGCAUCAGAAGGGCGAGGAUAAAGCGGUUAAGGCGCGAGCAUUGCUUUCCGGUAGCGGAAACAAGCAGACUGUUUUUGUUGUGUUUGUCGGCGGUAUCACUUUCACUGAGAUCGCUGCGCUGAGAUUCAUUGCAAAGCAAGAAGAAGGUGAACACACCCACAACCCUCGACUUCGCUAUAAACAGGAUUCUAACUAUGGCCCAACAGGACGGAGAAAUGUUGUCAUUUGCACAACGUCGAUCAUAAACGGGAAUAAGAUGAUGGAAGCGGCGGUCGAGAAAGCAUCUUUCGCGAAGGAGAGCGUCCCUGUUCCGACAACCUGA